AUGUCUAUUUUACAAAAUGUAAAUCAUAUUUUUGAUGAAUAUGAUUGUACAAAAAAUGACGGAACUAAAUACUUAAAAAAUCCAAAUUCUAAUGACUCUAAAAAUGCCAUUGAAGAAGAAAAAAAUAAAGAAAAUUAUUAUUAUGAUUUAGCUAAGAAAAUGCUUGAUAUAUAUGAUGAAUUGUAUGAUGGUUACCGUCAAUCUAUAAGUGAAGAAAACAAAAAUGAAAAAAGCAAUAAUUUUAAUUGGAAAGAAAACUUUUCUUUCAAACUUCGUGAAGAAAUUCUUAAUAAAUUAGUAAAAACAAUUUAUCCCUAUGAAAAUAAAGAUAAUGAAAAUGGUCUUUUAAAAAGUCUCAAAAAAUAUUUAUUUGAAAUUGAAGAAGAAAUAUUUAAUAAUGCUGAGAGUAAAAGUAAUUAUUAUAGUAGUCUUCGUAAUAAAAUAUUUGAAAUACAAUAUGAAAUUCGCAAAUUUUCACUAAUUUCAACUGAUAAUAACAAACAAAAAAUAGAAAACACUAAUUCUAAUUGGAAGAACGAAAUUAAAAUUGGAUUUCGAAAAUAUCUUAUGUUUAGGUUAAUUAAAGCAAUGUAUCCUCAUGAUAUAAAAAACUUGGAAAGUGAAAUUUUAGCUAAUCUUAAAGAGUACACACUUAAAAUAGAAAAUGAGAUAUUUGAAAAAUCAACUUCUAAAAAUAUGUAUUUUCAUAAUAUGAAUAAAAAAGAAUAUGAAAUACGUUUAAAUCGAUGUGAAAAAUUACUUAAAAAAUUAAAGAGGAAGAAAAGAUAUAAUGAAGGUGCAAAUGUUGAAUCUAAAUAUAAAUCACAUAUGAACUUUGAAGAAUAUUAUCAUUAUACACCAAUACAAUUACAGGAUUCUUUAGAAAAUGCUGAAAAGAAUUUAUCUACAAAUGAAAAUGAUAUAAUUAUUUCUAAUGAUGAUGAAAAUAAAGAAAAUUACAAAUUUGAUUCAGAUAAAAAAGACAGUGAAAUAGAAAAUAAGUUUUCUAAAUUGACAUUUAAACACUUAAAGGACAUUAAUAUUGUUUCCUUCUCAUACAAAGCUCAUUCUUUUAAUGUAAAUGAUAAUAGUGUACAGGAAAUAGAUACUGAAAGUAAAAUUACUUCAGAAUAUAUUAACAAUGAAAUGGAGCAAGCAAUUACUAACAAUUUAGAAAUUGAACAAAUUAAUGCACACAAUUUUAAUGAAAAUUCUCCAAUAGAUAAUCAUGAAACUUUUGUAAGUAAAUUUGUUAAAAAAAUACUAAUAACAAUUUUUUUUGAAUCAUUAAAUUUAAUUUUUUAA